CACACAUACACACUAGAUACACGAAUAUGGUCGAAACCAUAGAUUAUCCUUGUGAUAUUGGAAUUCUUGCCUCUUACUUUGUCUUGAUCGGACUACUGGUUUGGCGUAUCUGGCCAUUGGUCUACAAUUCUCUUCGUCAGUCUACACUUGCACCAUUCGGCUUUAUUGCACUUGCAAUUCUGGCAUUUGCUUCAACAUGGACCUAUAUGCUUGCUUUUUUCAACCACAGUUAUCAAACCUGGAACGCUUCUAACCCUACGCACAUCGAAAGUACUCUUAAUAAAGUGUCCCAUUGGCUUCAUGACGUGUCGCUUUUUGAUGAUGCCUGGAGAACAGUUAAUGUGGGAAUUUGGCAAUGGUUGUGGAGUCAUCAGCUGUGUACAUUCACUGUAGCAGUUUGGACGCCUCUUCUUGCUAUUGAGGGAGCACGCCGGAAAAUUCCUUAUGCAUGGGCAUUCAUGCUAUUGGGCCAAGUGGUAGCCAUAUCUGUAGCUACAGCUCUCUUUUUUGCAGUUAUGUGCAUCUCUCCCACAAAAAUCCCAUACCAGCCUUCUAGAAAAUUCUCUGUCGUGCUGCUAGGAUCUGUACUUGGUGGACUUGUGACAGUAGUGUUAUCGCCGUUUGUUGCCGAAACGCCUCAAUUCAUGCCAACUCUUCUUGUUAUGCACGCUCUUUUGAUUAUCCCUCUUGUAUAUAAACCUGAUUCAGAUGCCAAGUCGGCAGAAGGAGGGGAUCUUUUAUCAAUUAUUGUGACUAUUGCCACGUAUAUGCUUGCUACAGGCGCCAAUCUGAUUCUGUACUGUCAACAAUGGUUCGAAGCGAUCGUCUCUCUGCCACCCAAGAGUACUGCAAUGGAUAUUAUACACCAGCUAUCCGCGACUUUCUUUAGUCAUCCUGCACAGUCGAGUAUCAGCUCUGACAUUCUGUGUGUCAACCUUAUUUGUAUGUUCUGGAUGGCUGUUGACAGCGUCAAAACAAAACAGUCGAUCCCAUAUCAAGUUCUCGCCUUGAUUGUUCUUACUCCCAUCUUAUCUGCCUCGGUUACACUUCCUGUAUUCUUGGCUUGUAGAGAGUACAAAGACUAUGUUUCCCACCACAAUAAAUCAGAGUAAAUAAAAUAAAUAAAGAUGUUUUAUGU